GGUGCAGCGUGCCAUACCUCAAAAAGGCUAUAAAAUGGAUGGAAGAAAAUAAUGUACCACUUUUGAAAUGAGUUUCUAGCAGUCCAGAUCUUUAACCUAUUGAAACUUUGUGGCACGAGAUGAAAAAGGUUCUACGACAACAUCCUGCUCGUACAAUCACCGAACUGAGACAAAAGCUUCAAGAAAUAUGGGAUUGUUUUACACCACAUUUUUCCAAAACUUGGUGAUGUUACCCAAUGGUAAUCUUUCAAUUGUUGCUUU